AUGAACUCGCCCGAGCGACGAUUGCGAAAGGCGCGCGCGUUGGAGGCGGCGUCGUUGAAAUCGGCGCGCGACGUCGACGACGCGCACCGAGCGAUUUUGCGCUCGCUUCGGGUGAAGACGGUGAUUCGGGAGAAUCACGGGGACGCGCACACGCGGGCGAUCGAGUUCUCCCGAUGCGAGCGCACGAAGAACUUGUUCGCCACGAUUGGGGGGUCGACCGUGACGGUGUACGACGAUGAACACUUCGGUGAUCACACGGCGGUGGUGGCGCAGUACGUGCACGAGGCGACGGAACACGAGCGCGGUGGGAAGAUCACGUCGAUGUGCUGGGUGACGCAGAGCGCGGAGAAGGAGAACGCGGCGACGGGCGGAACGACGCACGAAUUCGGCGACGCGGUGCUGGCGAUCGGGGAUGAAAAUGGGGUGAUUAGCGUGAUAUCUAUCGCGGAAAAUCGUGUGGUGUCGCGCAUCGACGCGCAUCCGGGCGCGGCCGUUCGCGACAUGGACGGAGCGAGCGCCAGGGACGGGUUCGUCGUCUCCGUAGGCAAAGAUGGAUUUUUAAAGGCUUGGGACGUCUUCGGCGGCGAAGACGGUGAGGGUGAGUGCGUGGGCACGUUUGACGCGCAAAAUGCGUGCUCGGUCGCGUGCGAUGCCGAUGGAUCGAGCGCGGUGACGGGUCACUCGCAAGGCAAGGUGAAGCGUUGGAAUCUCUCCGCCGGCAUCGAGCAGCUCGGCGAAAGCCUCACCGGUUUCGCGUCCACCUUCACAGAAGGUCACGCGGUAGAGUGCGUUCGUAUCGUUGGCGACGUCUUGUUCGCCAAGACGCGCGCGGGUAGGUUCGAGACGUACGAUUUGGCGAAGAAUAAGGCGCUCAAGCAGUGGACGCUUCCCAACGCGUCCCGACGCGCGAGUACGAUUAAGAAGCUCGCGAACGAUGACGAUACGCCGUGUCGGUUCGGAACGUCCACGAACGGAAAGUACGUCGCGUGCGGCGACUCCACCCACGAGGGCGUGGUGUACGUCUACGACGCGCGAACGGGUGAGGAAAUCUCCGCGCUCCAACCGCUGCGCGUGACGGGCGUCGUCUACGCCGCCGCCGUCGUCGACCACUGUCGUCACGUCUUCGCCUCGUACGGUCCCGCCGUGGUUUGGCGGUACGAAGUCAUCCCUUCCACCGCCGACGCCGACGCCCCCAACGCGGUCUCCGCCUUCGAAGCCGCCGUGAAGUAA